UUCCUUCUAUAAAUACUCACAAAAAGAUCCAUCAUCUUCCCCAUAUCGAAAACAUAAUUAAAAAAAUUCACAAACACUUGUUAGGGUUAAGAUUAGAAUACAGAUAUGGCAAUGACCAAGGCUAAAGAGCUUGUUUCUUCAAACGCUGUUGUCGUUUUCAGCAAGUCUUAUUGCCCGUAUUGCCAGAGCGUGAAGCAGCUUCUGAAUCAACUGGGGGCUAAAUACAAGGCUGUGGAGUUGGAUAUUGAGAGUGAUGGAAGUGAGCUUCAAUCAGCAUUGGGCGAGUGGACUGGACAGCGCACCGUGCCAAAUGUUUUCAUCGGAGGAAAGCACAUUGGUGGCUGCGACGAUACGAAAUCCAAGAACAACAAGGGCGAGCUGGUUCCUCUGCUCACCGAAGCUGGAGCUCUCAGCAAGUCUUCAGCUUAAAAAACGAGUUCAGCUAUCUAGUCGAUAUGCUUAGCAAUUAAUAAAAGAAUCAUCUUCUGUGUUUGAUUUGUUGUUGCCUUGUUGGUAAAUGUAUUGCCUUGUUAAAUACAUUUUUAGUUUUAUGUGAUUGGAUGAUUUAUAGUGUAACCUGUGGGAAAUUUAUGAACUUUGGUCACCAUGUUUCCUGCUGUUAUGUGGGCAUUAAGAAAAUAAAGUAUGACUUAGAGCUGAA